GGAGGGAGGGGCGGAGGCUGUCAUGGCGGAGGCGGGCAGAGCCGGGGCCUGCCGCCCCGUGCCCCCCCGGCCGCCGGCGGGCCGAGGCUGCGCCGUCCAGGUGUCUGUCAUUGUGCCUGUUCACAAUAGUGAAUGCUGGUUAGAUGAAUGCUUGAAGUCAGUUUGGGAACAAGAUUUUAAAGAAACCAUGGAGCUGUCAGUUUUUAAUGAUGCCAGUGAGGAUGGUUCAGCUGAAAUAAUUGAAAAAUGGAAGAUGAAGUUGGAAGAUGCUGGUGUUCCAGUAAUUGUUGGUAGCAAUGAUUCAUCUGAACCUCGAGGCGUUGGAUUUGCUAAAAAUCAAGCAGUAAUUCAGAGCUCAGGAACCUAUCUCUGCUUUCUGGAUUCAGAUGAUGUGAUGAUGCCACAGCGGGUUAGGCUGCAGCACGAAGUUGCCAUUCAGCACCCAAACAGUAUUGUUGGUUGCCAAAUCAGAAGAGAGCCACCAGAGUCUACUGGACGGUAUACUCGUUGGAUCAAUAGUCUGACUGAAGACCAACUUCUUACACAGGUGUUUACCUCCCAUGGACCUACUGUGAUCAUGCCAACCUGGUUCUGUUCUCGAGAAUGGUUUUUUCAUGUGGGAAAAUUUGAUGAGGGUGGAAAGGGUGUUCCAGAAGAUCUGUUGUUUUUCUACAAACAUAUCCAAAACGGUGGUGAAGUCUUUCGAGUAAACCAUUGCCUCCUGCUGUACCGUUACCAUCCACAGGCUGCCACUCACUCCGUCCUAGAGGGAACCAUUUGGAAUCACCGAGUCAGGUUUCUUGAAGACAGAGUCCUCAGCUCCUGGACAUCAUUCACCAUUUGGAAUGCUGGCAAGCAAGGCAAGAAGCUCUACCGGAGCUUGUCACCAGCUAAUCGGAAAAAGGUAACUGCUUUUUGUGAUGUGGAUGAAAAGAAAAUAAUAAAAGGAUUCUACACGUAUGAGGAAUCUGAGGAGAGACCAAAACCAAGAGUUCCAGUUUGUCACUUCAGAGAUGCAACUCCUCCCUUCAUUAUCUGCAUGAAGCUGGAUUUGACAGGUGGAGCAUUUGAAACAAACCUGAACAUGCUGAACUUGAAGGAAGGGGUGGAUUAUUACCAUUUUAACUAACAACCAAGGCAGUGAUACUGAAGCCGUGUUAUCCUCUGUGCAUCUGUUUGGUCUGAGUCAUGCUACAGGCCUGGAAUGUUUUCAAGAAGCAAGACUGGAAGGGCUCAAGCCAAAGAGUCUCCAGCAAUUCUCUGUGUUGUGUAGUCAGGUGUGAGGAAGUUCCUCCUGAACCAGUACUCAGUAGGGGUGGGGGAACAGUUGAUCAUCACUGUUUCUCUAAAGCCCCUCUGGAGCCUGUUGCUUUUUCUUACCUUGGACACCAGCUGUGGUUUGGGCACGUUCAUGAGAUCACAGAGGCAGUUGCGCUUCUCUCUUACCACGGGCAGUUCAGCCUCCCUGUGCGGGGAAGUAUUGUCCAGUUAAUUGACACAUAAAACCUGGCAGCUGGCUACAUCCAUACCAUCACUGUACUGUGUGUGCAGCUCUUCCUUCAUGUACAGUUGUAGCAGUAUUUGUUGUGUCAUGGUUUAAGAGCAACAUUUUGGUACCAUCUCGGGGCAGACACCCCCAAAGUGCACAGUGAGUCCUCCACAAGUGACCAGUUAAUGGUAAAAUGUCCAAAACGAUUCUUUUUGAUUUCUGUAGUCCAAGAUCUAACACUUAUUCAUGUAGCCCUUUGACUAAAAGUUCAAUCAUUUAUUCUCUAAAGUCACAGUCCCAUCUUGUUUAAGAAGUCUUUUCAUCAAGAAUUAAGAUAGAUGUCACUGCAUCUGGAGAACAUUUGAUGUUCUCCUGCAAAAUCCAGACCUUGCAUUUGUCUUUUAGAGGUUUCUGCAAUAGCAUCAUGUCCAUGAGAUCAUUUCCUCAAGAACUGUCAGUUACAAAAAGCUCCCAAAUGCUAAAAAUCCAUGCAGACAACAUUCUUUUUCAUGCUGUAAAAAUCUACCACUCCGGAAUGCUGUGAGACUGCUCCCAUUACUCACCAUUUCAGUAGAUUUGUUUUGGUUUUCUUAAGAACAACUGUAAAUGAAGGACUCAGAACUUAACUCUUAGCACAUAAACAGAGUCCAAAGCUACAGAGAAAAAGCUGAAAGGGCAAGUUAGGAAUAACUCUGGACAAUUUGUCAUAUUUAAUAUUUGAACCCUUUCUGUAGCUGAACAAACUUCUUAUUUAUGGAGUUAUUAGUUUAAACUCUAUUGUACAACUGUUUGACAAACACUGUUGUUCCAACAAGAACAAAUCUGUGCAGCCAGUAAUUACUGUCUUCCCCAAACAUUAGUUCUCAUUUGGCUUCCUGCCGUUAAUGCUGCUUGUAAUUCAGAAGUUACUGGUUGUUCUAGCACUGAGAGCACUUGAGAGUAACAAGCAGCCCCCUCUGACACUCGGCAAAGGCUUCAAAUGUCUCUUUUGUAAACAGUUAAAUCUAUGAGAUAAAACAAUUAAGUUUGAAGUGAACGAGCUCUUCAUCUUUACUCUUGGUGCAGUGGAUGUACUGCACUGGGGAGCUUAGAGCCAGCCCGAACUCAGCACAAACCAGGCAGCCCCAUCACACCCUGGAAGUGACAAGGGGAAAACAGACUAAUUGUGCUGCUGAACUGGUUUUUAGGAAGUAUUUUCCUUUCUUGUACUAACCCAUUAUUGCUGUCCUACCACUGGUGCUUCUGGAGCUGGUUGGCUGUAAGUGUACCAUGUCUAACUGUGGUACUGUGAGCACCCCUGUGUGACAGCAGGAAUCUGCUCCUCCUCUGUUGUUUCUGUGAACAAAUUCUUUAUGUAACUUCCUGUGAGGAAGGACUUGGGGGUGUUGGUUGAUGAGAAAAUGAGCAUGAGACGGCUU